GAUAAAUUAAAUGUGUGAAUAGUGAUUUGUGGUUUACUGUGUCUACUGUGAUGACCGGAAUGGUACUGUAACCUUGCUCAUAAAGUCAUGCCGUAUAGGAAUUAAUAUUUUCAGUCAUGGCACCCUUGACCAUUCAUUGGGUCCUCAGUACGCUGUGUCUGAUUCUGCUACCACACAAUGUUAUUUCAAAAGCCGGUUUAUGUGAGGAGUCGACAGGGCAAUCGAACAUUAUCCUGGACAUUGAGGAAAGUCGUGGUGAUGAAUUUGGGCAACCAACAAUUCCAGAAGAACUUCCGGUCUCAGGGAAUCCUUACAAUGAGACCACCUUAGAGUUGAUAUUUCCCGGAAAGGCGCCACUGUUUGCCCUUGAUGGAAAGAAGCUACGGCUCCUGAAACCACUGGACAGGGACAGCGAGAAUCUCUCACACGUUGUAUUCCAGUUGGCAUGUACAGUAAAAUCGACCAAUAAAAAGAGAAUAAUACCUGUUAUUGUCAGAGUGUCAGAUGUAAAUGACAAUGCACCGAAAUUCAUCAACACACCGUAUGAAACAACAGUCCCAGAGCUUACGCCGGUUGGCUCGACAAUCUUUCAGAAUGUUAUUGCAGUUGAUGCUGAUGCUGGAGUCAAUGGGCUUGUCGAGUAUUCAAUAGCUCCGGGAGAUGAUAAUGGAAUUGGAAGCUACAAUGGUGUUGGCAGAGAUCGAAUAACUACAGCCGAUGGAUAUGGUUACUUUACUAUUAAUUUACCACAUCAGGGACAGGUUACGGUCAACCGUACGCUCGAUUUUGAAAGAACUCAGCGAUAUCUUGUCACUAUUCUUGCAUCUGACCGUGCGUUAAAUGUCUCGGAGAGAUUGACUUCAACAACAACAUUAACCGUCAACAUCAGGGACGAUGAUGAUCAGGACCCUUCAUUUAUUUAUCAAGGAUGUAUGUUGCUUGACGGUGCCUGCAUCAAUCCUGAAUAUUCAGCUUCUGUAUCCAGUGGAGUUCUGUCUGGCAUACUAAAUAUAUCUCCAGAGAAGAUACAAGCUGUCGAUAUGGACAGCAUUAAUGCACCAAUUCAUUAUUCUUUUUUGAGUGGAAACCCAGCAAAUUAUCGAGAUUUUUUUGAGAUUAAUCCGAAUACUGGUGCAGUCAAACAAGUACGGGCUGUUGACACUAGUGUUACCAAGAAAUUUGACAUCAUUAUCAAGGCUGUAGAAGAAUCAGAAGCAAAGCGAUCAGCGACGGCAAAGCUGACGAUUACCGUCAAACCGGUAGACAGCAAUCCACCGGUUAUUACUGCAUCAUCUGUAGAAGGAUUUGUUGAUGAGAAUGCACCAGUUGGUACUAAAGUUAUUGACAAAGAUAGAAUUCCUAUUAAACUCACUGUAUUCGAUGCAGACUUGGCGCCUGAAGAUCCUAAACCCAAUUACACGUUUGAAUUGACAACCAACUUCUUUAACAUCGAUCCAUCAGGAAUUUUAGUUGUAAAUGAAGAGAACUUGGAUCGUGAUCCACCAAGUCCUGGACGUUUUAGAUUCCAAGUGAUUGCUCGAGAAAAGACUGGUAUUGCAGCAUCAACACCUUUAUCUUUUGUUGUUACGUUGAAUGAUGUGAAUGACAACGCGCCUCAGUUGCCGAUGGUAUCACCGAUUACAGUUCAAGCUGGAGAAGCUAAACGGGAAAUAAUUAAGGUGGAAGCUGCAGAUAACGACGAGGGUGAAAAUGCAGAAAUCACUUACAGUAUCUACCAUGUUUCCAACAACGGUUUACAAAAAUUUAAAAUUGAUCCGAAAACCGGUAUUAUUGAAUCAGUGAGGAAGCUUAAUGCAGGAGAACAGUACAGUAUUACGGUGCAAGCAACUGACAAAGGUGGGAAAUAUUCACAGACGAUUGUAGAGGUCAACGUAAUACCUGGACCGAAUACACGAAGUCCUGUUUUCCAACAACCAGUCUAUGAAGUUCAAGUUAGUGAAGGAGCGUCAAUUAAUUCUACAGUUGCAACAAUUACGGCACUCGACCCGGAAAAUGAUCCAGUAUCAUAUUCAAUUCUUUCGGGCAAUGACUUGAGGCAGUUUACGAUUGGUGACAAGUCAGGCGUCAUUACCGUUAUAAGGAAGUUGGAUAGAGAAGACUUGACGCGCUAUCAACUGCUAAUUAAAGCAGAAGAUAGUGGAGGAUUAUCAAGUACAGCAACUGUUAAUAUUAGAGUAACUGAUAUUAAUGAUAAAAAUCCUGAAUUCGAAGGACUUCCAUAUGAAUUUGAAGUGAAAGAAGGUGAAGCGAGAAAGUUAAUUGGUCGCGUUCACGCUGAAGAUGCUGACGAAGGAAUUAAUGCAGAAGUUACUUAUUUUGCUCCUGAUGAUAUCCCUUUUACUGUUGAUCCAGAAACGGGCGAUGUUCUCACGAAAAUUGCAUUGGAUUACGAACAAAACCACGAAUAUAAAUUUGUGGUGACUGCAAGAGAUGGAGCUCCUGAUCCUCGUCUUGCAACUGCUACCGUAUCAGUGAAAGUUAUCGAUGUUGAAGAUGAAGUACCUAUUUUUCAUCAAAGUAGUUACGAAGCCAAAGUUAAAGAGAACGUUCCUGACUAUAUGGUUAUUCAAGUUAUGGCUGAUGAUCCAGAUACAAAAAAACAAAUAACAUAUGUCAUUAAGCAGGGUGAUACGGAUCUAUUUAGUAUAGAUUCGAAAACAGGAGUAAUAAAAACAAUUCGUGGAUUAGAUUAUGAAAGAGAUAGUCAACAUAUUUUAAUUAUUGGAACAUUAGAAAAUACUAGUGACCUUCCUGGAUCUACAACCAGAGUAGUCAUUAACGUUCAAGAUAUGAAUGACAUUCCUCCAGUAUUCACUUCCGUACCUCGACCCAUCACACUUGAUGACGACGUCCCGAUUGGUACAACAGUAAUCAAUCUUUUCGCGCAAGACUCGGAUGGAACAUCACCAGGGAAUCAGGUGCGAUAUGAAAUAAUUGGACGUGGGAUAGCAAGCAAAUAUUUUGUAAUAGAUCCUGACUCAGGUAUCCUGACUGUUCGUGAUGAUCUGCGAAAGGAAACUGACUCAGAAUAUCAGGUGGAUGUACGAGCCUAUGACCUCGGAGAGCCACAGCUCUCAUCAGUAACAACCGUUCCAAUUUACAUCCGCCAUGUCGCAACUGUAGCCCCGGAAGUUGGUUUAGGCUUUGCUGAAGACUCUUACAAUGUGGACGUGCCUGAAGAUGCUAGUGACAACACUCUUAUUAAAAUUUUGACUAUUAUUAAUUCACAUACUCAUGAUAGCACACCUUUGAAAUGCGAAAUAUAUGAUGGUAAUGAGGAUAAUAUUUUUGAAGCAAAUAUUACUGAAGAACGAAAUUGUGCUUUGAGACUGAAAAAAGGGAUUCUUGAUUAUGAGACUGUUGAAUUUUAUCAGAUUAAAAUUAAAUUAGAAUCAUUAUCAGGAUUACUGAAUUCUCACAGAAAUACGACAAUGGUGAAAAUUCAAGUCAUUGACGUAAAUGACAAUAAGCCGGAGUUCAUAUUUCCCGAAGAUCCUCUUGGAUUAAGAAGAAGACGAUAUUUCGCUUCAAUUCCGAGGAAUGCACAAUUUUCUUUUAGCGUUCUCCAAGUGAAAGCUCAAGAUAAAGAUAAUGGAAAGUAUGGAAAACUUGAAUAUAAAAUGUUGAGUGGCAGGGGAACACAGUAUUUAACGAUUGAUAGUUUUACUGGUAUUAUAAAAACAACUGCAACAUUUGAUAAUGUUCCAUCAGAAGAACUACCAUUUAAAUUUAAUGUUCAAGUGCGAGAUAAUCCAAAUUCUACAGUAAAAUACAAUACAGUCGAAGCUCCUGUAGUAAUAAAUUUGAUUGGUGAAGAAAAUCUUCUAGUGCUUGCUAUUCAAGAUGCAUUACCAGAAAAUGUGCAAAAAGAAACAACAAAAAUAGUGAGAAUCUUGGAAGAAAAAUCUGGCCUCUUGAUUGGUAUUGACAGGAUAUCAAUAAAAAAGACUUUAACAAAAAAUGGAACCAUUGAAACUCAUCCUCAUGGCUCGGAUGUCUGGUUCUACGCCAUUGAUCCAAAGACUGAAAUAAUUCUCGAUCAAAAUAGUUCAUUGUUGCAGAGAGUGAUGUUAGAAAAACCAGCAAUGUCGACAUUAAUUUUCGAUGUGUCUACAGCGAUUCGAGCGAAUGCUAUUGACGUUCACGCACCUGUGACAGCUUCAGAACCAACUGUUAUUACACCAAUUGCUGUAGCAUUUAGUGGAGAAGUUUUUCCAUAUGCUUUGAUUAUCAUUGCCUGUGUAAUUUUAGUACUUGGUAUAGCUGGAAUAGUUUACAUAUGCAUUUCUUGGUCUAGAUAUAAAGCUUACCGGGACCGUAUGCAACGUAUGUAUGUUGUUCCAAGAUAUGAUCCAGUAUAUGUUGAAACCGAUUUGAAGGAAUACGAGACUCAAGUGCUACGAAUGAGUGUGCCAAACGAUGACAAUGAUAGUUACAAUGAUUUACAACUUGACUUUAGUAAUAAAAACCACGCAUUCAGUCUUGAUAAUGUCAGCUAUAUUACCAAAGAUCAUGGCGGAAGUACUGGUCAACAGAGUCCUGUCAGUUCAGAAGCAGCGACGACAGUACGUGCUUCAAGCAUAGCAGGGAAUCAUCCUGAUGUUAAUAUGCAGUCCCUUCGUCGGUCUACUUUAAGUCGUAAAAAUACCAAUCCAACGAACAAUAUAGAUACUCCUGUAUUGAAUCCUUUGUUCAAUCACAACGAACUCCUCAGUGCAAGUCCUUCCAAUGAUAAUGUAACGUUUAGAGAGAGGAAAGACUACUCUCACCUGGGAUUCACGUAUUUGAGUGAACAAAGUCCAGUUGAGACAACUACCGAAUUAUAAAUUAAUUAAAAAGAAUUAAUUUAACUAGAAAAUAUAAAAGAAUGUAUUUUUUAUUAAAAGAAAAUUUAUUUAGUUAUUGUUGUGUGUAAAAACUAUGUGAGUAGUAAAAUAAUUUUAAGUUUAUGUUGAAAAUCAAAUACUCACAUAAGUUGUCCACUGAUAAGUAUGAAUGAAAAAAAUGUAUAUUUGCUGACAAAAGAGAAAUGUGCCAAGUCAGCUGCCGUCCAAUAGUUAUAAGAAAUAAAAGACAAUAUAUAAUAAUUAAUUAAUAAAUAAUUACUUAUUAAAUGAAAGAAAAAGAGUGUAUUUCAGUAUGAAUGGUAAUAUGAAUAGAAUAAUUGUGAUUGUAAAUCAGUUCAUACUUGGUAUGAUUAUAAUUAAUUGAUUGUUUAAAUUGUAUUAUAAAAUCUUAAUUUAUAUACUUGUGUUAUAUAUUUUCAAGCUUUGCUCAUAUAAAUAAUGGUGAUAUAUUUUUUUUUAUCACAAAAAGUAUGUGUAAGGACUUGCUAGAAAUUACAGUCAGAAUUAACUUAACUUCUUCUCAAAGAUAACUUAAUAACUGCCGCUAUGCUAUCUUUUAUUAUUAUCGGCAAUUACUUCAAAGCCUCUUAAAACUUUCUCAAGAUCAAUAACUUUUUGAUUUUGUUCUUUUUUUUUUUUAUCUACUUUUGAAUUUUAUAUCCCUUAGUUAUUGUAUUCUUUCAUUUAUACUUUUCGUCUGAUAACAAAUCUUACACAUUUUUUGUUCGCUCUUUCUUCUCUUUUUGUUCUUAUAAAAUUGAAAAAUAUUGCUCUACAUUAUGACAUU